GGAUAAAACACCUAGUCAGAAUAUCAACAAGAAAAUAGCAAACACUAUAAACAACUAGAUCUGACAAAUAUCUAUAGAACUUUCCACUUAACAAUAUACAUUUUUCUCAAGUGCACAUGGAACAUUCCCUGGAAUGAACCAUAUGCCAAACCACAAACAAGCCUCAGUAAAUUUAAAAUGAUCAAAAUCAUACUACAUCUGUUAUCUGACCACAAUGGAAUAAGUUAGAAAUCAUUAACAGAAAUUUGGGAAAAUCAGAAAUAUUUGGAAAAUAAAAAUACAGCCCUAAAAAAUCAAUGGAUCAAAUAAAUAAAUCACUAGGGAAAUUAGAAAGUACUUUGAGAUAAAUGAAAAUGAAAGCAUACCAAAAUUUAUGGAAUGCAGUUAAGCUCUGGCUAAAGGGAAAUUUAUAUCUUUGAAUGGCUACAUUAAAAAUCUCAAAUCAAUAGCCAUUAGGUUUUUUUCCACCGUAAGAAACUUUCCACCUUAGAAAAGAAAGUGUAAAUCCCCAAAAAGUAGAAGAAAAAAAGAUUAGAAUGGAAAUGAAUGACAUUGAAAAUAGAAAAACAAUAGAGCAAAUCAACAUGACCAAAAGUUGCUGCUUUGAAACAAUCUUCAAAAUAGACAAAACUUUACCUAGACUGACCAAGAAAAAAAAAUAGAGAACUCAAAUUACUAAAUUUACUACAACACAAAGAGGAUGAUAGAGGAAUCCUAUGAACAAUUCUAUGCCAACAAAUUAGAUAAUUUAUAUGAAAUGGGCACAUUCCUAGACAGACACAAACUGGUGACACUGACACAGGCCUCUAAUGAGUAUAUAUACAUGUCAAAGCUUACCAACGGGUAGAAUUUAAGAGUGUGUGAUUUAUUGCCUGUUGAUUUUACCCAAGUACCAAAUGCAGCUGUUAAACACACACGAAGUUGAGGCACCUGAAGGUGCUGCUGAGUCCCCAUUCAGAGAAGGUGCUUCCUAGGACUCAGACUAAAGGAUCUUAAGACUGGGGGGCCCUUGGACGCUGCCAUCCCCCACCUCCAGGACCCAGCCCACAGGAGGAGGGGAGCAGGCAGCGAGGCAGACCACUUCUUGAAAUAGAGUGGAGCCUUUACAACUCAAAUCGGUCAGAGAGCAGUCAGCUAUUUACUCCCUCGAAGCCUCAGCAACAGCAACGAUCCGAAAGCGGUCACGGGGAAUAAGGGAACGUUUGAAGAUUGCUCUCCUCGGGCCCUGGAGCGAAGGAGAACCCGAAGACAAAGCUGAGUUGGGCAGGGGGCAUUCCGGCUCGGUACAGUUUCAGGCCGGCCCGUUCACGCCAGGGUUUCGUUUCCAAGUCGACCCUAUAAAACGACGGACCGAGACCCGGUGGAAUUAGAGGAGCUGCAUUUCCCAGCGGACCGUGGGCGCUGCGCCUCUUUCCGGCGCUGCAGAGGCGUGCUUGGAGCCGGCGUGUGGGGCUGCAUGGAUCCCGGCGGCCGGUGGCGGGGCUUGCCCGGCGGGCCCAGCCUCAAGCACCUGACGGAUCCCGCUUACGGGAUCCCCCGGGAGCAGCAGAAGCCGGCGCUACAGGAGCUGACGCAGGCGCACGUGGAGUCCUUCAACUACGCGGUGCGCGAGGGGCUCAGCCACGCGGUGCAGGCUAUACCUCCCUUUGAAUUUGCUUUCAAAGAUGAGCGGAUCUCUCUCACUAUUGUGGAUGCCGUCAUCAGCGCCCCCACCGUUCCCAAAGGGAGCAUCUGCAAGGAGCUCAAUGUUUACCCUGCAGAAUGCCGGGGCAGGAGGAGCACCUACCGGGGAAAGUUGACAGCUGAUAUCAGCUGGGCUGUAAAUGGAAUCUCAAAAGGAACCAUUAAGCAGUUUCUUGGCUAUGUUCCCAUCAUGGUGAAGUCCAAGCUUUGCAACUUACACAACCUUCCUCCAAAAGCCCUCAUUGAGCACCAUGAGGAACCAGAGGAAAUGGGAGGCUAUUUCAUAAUCAAUGGCAUUGAAAAGGUCAUCCGAAUGUUGAUUAUGCCUCGGAGAAAUUUCCCUAUUGCAAUGAUAAGACCAAAAUGGAAAGCUAGAGGGCCUGGCUACACUCAAUAUGGAGUGUCAAUGCACUGUGUGAGGGAAGAACACUCUGCUGUCAAUAUGAACCUUCACUACUUGGAAAAUGGCACAGUUAUGUUGAACUUUAUUUACCAGAAAGAACUGUUUUUUCUUCCUUUGGGAUUCGCACUUAAGGCACUUGUCAGCUUUUCCGAUUACCAGAUUUUUCAGGAGCUCAUCAAAGGAAAAGAGGACAACUCUUUCUUUAGGAACUCUGUUACUCAGAUGUUAAGGAUGGUGAUGGAUGAAGGUUGUUCCACACAGAAGCAGGUCCUUAACUAUCUAGGUGAACGCUUCAGAGUAAAGCUUAGUCUCCCUGACUGGUAUUCAAAUGAACAAGCGGCAGAGUUUCUGUUUAACCAGUGUAUCUGUAUCCACUUGAAAUCUAAUACUGAGAAGUUUUAUGUACUUUGUCUCAUGACCCGGAAGCUGUUUGCGUUGGCCAAAGGAGAGUGCAUGGAGGAGAAUCCUGAUAGUUUAGUGAAUCAGGAAGUGCUCACACCCGGGCAGCUCUUCCUCAUGUUUCUGAAGGAAAAAAUGGAAGCGUGGUUAGUAUCUGUUAAAAUAGGUAUGGACAAGAAGGCUCAGAAGACCAAUAUGUCUAUAAACAGUGAAAAUUUGAUGAAGAUUUUAAGUCUGGGAAUAGACCUUACAAAACCAUUUGAGUAUCUUCUUGCUACUGGGAAUCUGCGUUCCAAAACAGGUCUUGGCUUCCUGCAAAAUUCUGGACUUUGUGUCGUGGCUGAUAAGCUGAACUUCAUCCGCUAUCUCUCCCAUUUCCGCUGUGUGCACAGAGGGGCCGACUUUGCCAAGAUGAGGACCACCACAGUGCGCAGGCUGCUGCCGGAGUCUUGGGGUUUCCUUUGUCCCGUGCACACUCCUGAUGGGGAGCCCUGCGGCCUGAUGAACCACUUAACUGCCAUAUGUGAGGUGGUCACGCAGUUUGUGUACACAGCGUCUAUUCCAGCUUUGCUCUGCAACCUGGGGGUUACUCCAGUUGAUGGAACGCCUCACCGACCUUACGCCGAGUGCUACCCUGUCCUGCUGGACGGUGUCAUGGUUGGCUGGGUGGAUAAGGAGCUUGCUGCUAGUGUUGCAGCUUCUCUCCGGCAUUUUAAGGUGUUGAGAGAAAAAAGAAUCCCUCCCUGGAUGGAGGUGGCCCUUGUCCCCAUGACAGGAAAACCAAGUCUGUACCCAGGACUGUACCUUUUCACCACUCCUUGUAGGCUGGUGCGGCCUGUGCGAAACUUGGAAUUGGGCAAAGAAGAGCUGAUUGGAACUAUGGAGCAGCUCUUCAUGAAUAUUGCCAUCUUCGAGGAUGAGGUUUUUGCUGGAGUGACCACCCACCAGGAACUCUUCCCUCACAGCCUGCUGAGUGUGAUCGCCAACUUUAUCCCUUUCUCCGAUCACAACCAGAGUCCAAGGAACAUGUACCAGUGCCAGAUGGGUAAACAAACUAUGGGCUUUCCACUUCUCACUUAUCAAGACCGAUCCGAUAAUAAGCUGUAUCGUCUUCAGACCCCACAAAGCCCUUUGGUGAGGCCGUGCAUGUAUGAUCACUAUGACAUGGACAACUAUCCAAUUGGGACCAAUGCCAUCGUUGCUGUUAUUUCUUACACUGGCUAUGAUAUGGAAGAUGCCAUGAUUGUGAAUAAGGCUUCUUGGGAACGAGGUUUUGCCCAUGGAAGUGUCUACAAAUCUGAGUUCAUAGAUCUCUCUGAAAAAAUUAAACAAGGAGAUGAUAGUCUGGUGUUUGGAGUCAAACCUGGUGACCCUCGGACUGUGCAGAAGUUAGAUGAGGAUGGAUUGCCAUUUAUUGGAGCACAGCUGCAGUAUGGAGAUCCCUAUUACAGCUAUGUAAACCUCAACACUGGCGAGAGCUCUGUGAUGUUCUACAAGAGUAAAGAAAAUUGUAUUGUGGACAACAUCAAAGUGUGUAGUAAUGACACUGGAAGUGGAAAAUUUAAAUGUGUUUGCAUCACGAUGAGAAUCCCUCGGAACCCAACCAUUGGAGACAAGUUUGCCAGCCGGCAUGGGCAGAAGGGCAUCCUGAGCAGACUGUGGCCAACCGAGGACAUGCCCUUCACCGAAAGUGGGAUGGUCCCAGACAUUCUGUUCAACCCUCAUGGGUUCCCAUCCCGAAUGACUAUUGGUAUGUUAAUCGAGAGCAUGGCGGGCAAGUCUGCAGCUCUGCAUGGUCUCUGCCAUGAUGCCACACCCUUCACCUUUUCAGAGGAGAACUCGGCCUUGGAGUACUUUGGUGAGAUGUUGAAGGCUGCUGGCUACAACUUCUAUGGCACUGAGAGGCUGUACAGUGGCAUCAGUGGGGUGGAACUGGAAGCAGAUAUUUUCAUUGGCGUGGUUUAUUACCAGCGGUUGCGCCACAUGGUCUCAGACAAAUUCCAGGUCAGAACCACCGGAGCCAGAGACAGAGUCACUAACCAGCCCAUCGGGGGGAGAAACGUCCAGGGUGGGAUCCGUUUUGGGGAAAUGGAGAGGGAUGCUCUGUUAGCUCAUGGAACUUCUUUUCUCCUUCACGACCGCCUCUUUAACUGUUCUGACCGGUCGGUAGCCCAUGUGUGUGUGAAGUGUGGCAGUCUGCUCUCUCCGCUGUUGGAGAAGCCACCCCCUUCAUGGUCUGCCAUGCGCAACAGAAAAUACAACUGUACUGUGUGCAAUCGUAGUGACACUAUCGACACUGUCUCUGUGCCUUACGUUUUUCGGUAUUUUGUAGCUGAACUGGCAGCUAUGAACAUCAAAGUAAAACUGGAUGUCAUUUAAUUGAUGUGGCCUUUUGGGUUAGGUGAUCUGUCAGAUUAAAACAAAAUGUAACUUCAGUAAAGA